AUAGUGAGGAGGAGACCUAGACUCUCUUAGACUCUGUUGUGAGACCGCCGAAAUUUCAAGAUUUCAUCCGAAGCCGAAUCUCUUCCACUGCAAUCAUGUGCUGUGAGCUUGGCGCCCUGAAAGAAAAGCUGGCAGCGUUGGAGGCCCGGCUGCAGGACGGCGAAAAAAAGAUUGAAGCACUGCAGAACAAAGGUAGAGUCAAAAUGAUGCGUUUGAAGAGUCGAAUGAAUGAGGCGUGUAACAGAAGUGUUCAGUGGAAAUGUUUUUGCUUUGCACAGAGAGGAAAACGGUGGUUUUCACUGCGGAGGCCGGACCGAGAGGGGAUAUCGGACCGUUUAACUCCGAGACGACCCUCGUCUACCAGAAAGUGAUUACAAAUGUUGGAAAUGCUUACAAUUCAUCCACUGGUAAGGCCAUCACAGAAGACUAGCGGUACUUUUUCAUCAGAUUAUUUUAAUCUCUAACAGAAUCCUAGGAAGCGUACAUUUACAGUCAGAUCAAAUUAGAUAUCUACAUUAUGCACUUUGAAGGGAUAUUCCAGUGUAAAAAUAAGUUAGGGUCAAACACCGAGUUAGACACCCCGUCGAGAGAUGAAUGUUUCUUACCGCUUGCUUCUCUAGUUAUACCAACUUUAGUAACGACCACAAGAUAGCAAUACAGAGAGCGACGCGCUCAACCGAAACGCCACAAAUAAUGCUCAGAGCAGCACCAACAGUACAUAUAGGGUCCCAGCCAUAGUACUAGCCACCAAACAAAUUUUUGACUAUGCCCAAUUUCUUUAGCAAAGAGUCUAAAGACAACUCACCCACUCUCUUCCAGCAGCCACUUGUUUGUAACAAGACCUCGGACCAAUCCAUUACAGACUACAGCGGGGUGACACAGCUCAAGGAAGAACAUUUAUGAUAAUUUCUUCAUGAUAAUACAAUCAAACUGAGACACUAAGGCAGAAGAACUACUGCGUCUGCAGUGCGAAAUGAUUAAUAUGGUGAUUAUUACUUCAAGGAAAUGAUAAAGAAAUGUUAGUAAAUGUUCUUCCUUGAGCUGUGAAACCCCGCUGUAGUCCGGAAUGGACUGGCCUGAGGUCUCGCUACAAACAAGCGGCUGCUGGAAGAGAGUGGGUGAGUUGUGUUUAGUUUCUUUGCUAAAGAAUAUUAGACAAAGCUAAAAAGAUGUUUGGUGGCUAGAACUAUGGCUGGGACCCUAUAUGUCCUGUUGAUGAAGUUAGGUGCUGUUCUGAUCAUUAUUUGUGGCGUUUCGGUUGAGCGCCUGGCUCUCUGUAUUGCUGUUGUGAGAUUGUUACUAAAGUUGGUAUAACUAGAGAAGCAAGUGGUCGGCAACAUUCGUCUCUUGAAGGGAUGUCUAACUUGGUGUUAUGAUGUGUUUGACACCAUAAAUUAAUUUUACGCCAGACUAUCCCUUUAACACUUUUCUGUCACCCAACUUGAACACUGUCAGACAACCUCUAAACAAAUAAACAUGAAUUGGCAAUUCACCAACCUUAACCAGAUACUUGCACAUUAUUUUUGUAAUAGAAUCAGAAAAAAAGUUGGAAAAGUUAACAAGGUCCUCCCUUUCAGGUGUCUUCACUGCACCUUAUGCUGGAGUUUAUUACUUCACCUUCUUCCAACAUGCUGGAGGGCGGCCCGGGACAUUGCUGUUUCUCUACAAGAACAACGAGCGCAUGGUGCAGACCCAGGCUCACCCGGCAGUCAACGAGACAGCUCAUAACGCGGGAAACGCCGUGUUCCUUCAGCUGCAGGUGGGCGACCGGGUCUACGUCCGCAUGGAUCCGAACUCGCACGUGUACGGCUCCGGGUACCACACGACCUUUAGUGGUUUCCUGGUGUGAGAAAGCAGUCUCUGUCUUAAUGAAGUAAUAAUCUAAUCUAAAACAGGGUCCUCUCUGUGAAGUCAAAGUAAAAAUGCAUUUAAAACUAUGUGAUCUGAAUAAACACAAAAAUGUUAUUGAAAUAAAGUGAAUUCAAACUA